UUUAAGAUCCACGUUUCCAGCGAGAGUCUCGCCACACGCGGCGGCUGCUCGUUUGUCGCGUCGAAGUUCGCCCGCAGCUGAUUAACAUAAAAUAAUGGAUGUCGGGGGGUCGCUGAGAAGCGCGUGCCUUCAGCACAGGCGCGCGGCGCUUUGGGCCGCGGGGCUCGCGCUGGCCGCCGUCGCCGCGCUCGGGCUCGCGUGGAGCUACUUUAGGAAGCCCAGGAGGGUGACCCGCGUUGGGGUCGUGUCCCAGCUCGUGGUUCACCCCCUGAAAUCGGGCAAGGGGCUGUCGGUGACCAGCGCGGAGUGCCUCACCAUGGGCCUCAAGUACGGGGACCUGAAGGAUCGACAUUGGCUUGUGAUCACAGAGGACGGCCACCAGGUGACAGGCCGGCAGCAGCCGCGCCUUGUGUUUGUCUCUCUGAACAUCGACAAAGGACAAGUGUGCCUGAAUGCUCCCGGCAUGGAAGAGCUGCUGAUCCCCUUUCGCCAGCCAGGGAACCGUAUUGCCAGCUGUCGUGUGUGGGGCAGCGACAUCCAGGGCAGAGACUGCGGGGACAAGGCAUCAGCCUGGAUGACGCGCUACCUCGCCUGCGACCAGACCUUCCACCUGGUGCAGUUUGAGCCCCAGAUGAAGGCCAGGAAACCAGCAGAAAAGUUUAGUUUCUUUCCUCAGAAUGAGAUGAUUGCGUACCCUGACAAUGGGGCGAUCAUGCUGAUGACCGAGAGCUCUCUGAUGGACUUGAACACCCGGCUGGAGAGCAAGGUCACAAUGAGCUGGUUUCGUCCCAGCAUCGUAGUGGCCGACAGUGAUUCCUAUGCUGAGGACUCUUGGGGCGAGAUCCAGAUCGGUGAAGUGAGACUGCGCCGUGUGAUGGCUUGUUCGAGGUGUAUUUUUACCACUGUGAAUCCCGAGACUGGAACCAUAACUCGGAAAGAGCCCCUAGAAACGCUUAAGAGCUACCGCAUGUGUGAUCCUUCAGAGAAGCACAUCUUUGGAACGUCCCCAUUGUUUGGCCAGUACUUCACUGUUGUGAAAUCUGGGAUCCUGCAUGUUGGAGAUCCUGUGUACGGGGUCACUUACUGAGCCAAGAGGACCAGGACCAGCCAGCCUGAUGGUAGAAAAAAGGGCUUAAUCCGUGACACUGAUACUAUAGCCAGCAAUCUUUAAUACUAUAAAAUUUUGUAUGUUCUUAUGACUUAGUGUAAUUACGAUAGAGGAAUUUAAUAAAUGUUGCAUUAAACACCAAUUUGGCAAGAUUGAACAAUGUGAACCUUAUUUCUCAGUUUUGGAUUAUGACUAUGGAGGAGUAACAUGGCUUCUGUUCCUAAUCGUUUACUUACUGA